UAUUUAGAUAAGAGAAGGGUCGUCUAAGACCACACAAUUUGCUACCCCAUCAUAUUUUCUUCAUACAAUAUAAUAAUAAACACAAACACGCAUCCAAAGAAAACUAAAUACACAGUUUGAUAAGAUUAAAAUGGGUUGUGCAUCGUCCAAGCAAGCCAAAGCCAACGUCGUCGCCGACAUCUACAAACCACCGCCUUCUAGUUUUGCGGUGUUUGAUGUCAACGCCAUCCAAGAGCCAUGGCUAAAACUCGAACAAGAAGAAGAUGAUGAGAAACCGCCAUACGCCGCCGUGCCAGCCAAGGUCCCAGACACUCUCGAGGAUGAUGACGAAGAUGACGCUCCUAAAACGUGGGAUGAGGUCAGCAAAUCUUUAGAAACUAAACUUAAACCCGCCGCCGCUAAACCACCGGAAGAGGUCUCCGUUAAACCUCCAGCCACUCCUCCACGGCGGCUUCCGCGGAAGAGCGCAUCCUUCCACACAUUGGACGAGCUUGAAGCGAAGGCCAAAAGAAGCAUCGCCGCACAAAUCCCUACGACGGUGGUCAAGCUUAAGAGAACCGAGUCUAUGUCCAAGUUAAAACCCGAGUCAGAAGAUAGGACGGAGUCGACUCAGUCGUCCUACUCAGGGCCUAGGUCAGUGAAGGAGAACAUAUUCGUCAAGAGAGACAGAGAACGGAGGGAGAAAGAAGGGAACAAGAAACCGGUGAUGAACUGGGACCCACUUAGGGAGUUCCCGGAGAAGUGUCCGCCGGGAGGAGGUGAAGGUUUGGUGGUCUACACGACGUCCUUGCAAGGAGUGCGUCGCACGUACGAAGAUUGCAUGCGUGUGAGGGCCAUCAUGGAGCAGCAAGGAGUGGUGGUGGACGAGAGGGACGUGGCUUUAGAUGCCGGAGUGUUGAGCGAGCUUAAAGAGCUUCUUCAAGACGAAGCCACUGUGGCGCCGCCGAGAGUGUUUGUGAAAGGGAGGUACUUGGGAGGAGCUGCGGAAGUGACGGCGAUGAAUGAGAACGGGAAGUUAGGGAGGGUGUUGAGGUGGGCACGUGUGGAGAGAGUAGGGGAGGAAGGGAGGCUCACGUGUGAAGGAUGCGGAGGAGCGAGGUGGUUGCCUUGUUUUGAGUGUGGUGGUAGCUGUAAGGUGGCUGCGGUCGCGGCCGUGAAAGGUGAAGGGUGGGAGAGGUGCGUCAAGUGUAAUGAGAAUGGACUGAUUCGUUGUCCCGUUUGUUUUGUCAAUUGAGGGAGUGGUUGAGAUAAUGAACACACAAUAACGUAUAUGUUUGUUUGUGACACGUUUGCUUAAUUUCUCUUAUUAUAGUGAAAAUGUUGAAAAAAAACACGCUAGGAUCUAGCUUCCUAGGUCUCUCUCACUUGUAUAUAUUGAUGGUUUUGAUCAUUACAUGAUAAAGGUGUUCAACAAUCUCUCACUAAUAUAUGUUUUGAGCGUGA